AUGGCAUCCCAGGAGCAACCUCCUUAUAUUACCUUCGAGACAAGGUUUGUUAUAUUCUUAUUAUCUUUUAGUCAUGGUACACUCAUAAUUGAACUUUAUUGGAAGCAUGCACCAAAAACCUGUCAUAAUUUCGCUGAAUUAAGCAAACGUGGCUACUACAAUGGAAUUACGUUUCAUAGGAUAAUAAGGGAUUUUAUGAUACAGGGCGGAGACCCCACAGGUACCGGGAGAGGAGGGGCAUCUAUUUAUGGGCGGUAUUUCGCUGAUGAAAUCCACCCGGAUCUUAAGCAUUCAGGCGCUGGUAUACUUUCCAUGGCAAAUGCUGGACCAAAUACAAAUGGCAGCCAGUUUUUCAUCACGCUUGCCCCAACCCAGUGGCUUGAUGGAAAUCACACAAUCUUCGGCAGAAUAGCUUUAGGAAUGAAGGUUGUUCAGCGGUUGGGCAUGGUAGAGAUUGACCAAUUUGAUCGUCCCAGAGAGCCUCCCAAAAUAAACAGGGCAUAUAUUACAGCCGAAAUAUAG